UCUGUGCACCUACGUGUCAGUCUUCUUUCAGCGUAGAGCUCGAGACUACCGGUCAUCUACGAGCCAUGGCACCCAAAGGCAGCAACAAACAGCAAUCCGAGGAAGAUCUUCUGCUUCAGGACUUUAGCAGAAAUCUUUCUGCCAAGUCCACCGCGCUUUUUUACGGGAAUGCACUCAUCGUCUCAGCGAUUCCCAUUUGGCUGUUCUGGAGGAUCUGGCACAUGGACUUGGUCCAGUCCGCGGUCCUGUACGGAGUCAUGACCCUCGUCAGCACUUACUUGGUGGCCUUCGCCUACAAGAACGUCAAAUUCGUCCUCAAGCACAAAGUGGCUCAGAAGCGGGAAGACGCCGUCUCCAAGGAGGUAACCAGGAAGUUGUCCGAGGCCGACAAUCGCAAGAUGUCCCGCAAGGAGAAGGACGAGCGGAUCCUGUGGAAGAAGAACGAGGUAGCAGACUAUGAGGCCACCACCUUCUCCAUCUUCUACAACAACACCCUUUUCCUGGUCCUGGUCAUCAUUGCGUCCUUCUUCCUACUCAGGAACUUCAACCCCACUGUUAACUACAUCCUGUCCAUCAGUGCCUCCUCUGGCCUCAUUGCCCUGCUGUCUACCGGAUCCAAGUAAAGGAGGAACGGAAUAAGUGAACAAAUGAAAAAAACGACUGAAGAUAAGGGGACAAGCCGUAGUUGGCUGGGAGGAUGGAGGUUGUGGGGGGUGGUUGGUUGGUUAAAGUUAAGGGUUCAUGUGUUUUGUAAUGGAUGUGGGGAUGAUGGUUGUAAUGGGGUAGUGGGGGGUCAAAAAUAAAUGGCUGUUUCAGAUGUGAGCUUUCAUGGAAUUCAUGACCAAGCGUCUGGAGGUCGUUUCAGGUCUGUCCCUUUUUUUUGUUCUUUUUUUUUUGUAUGCUAAUAAAAGUGUCUGGAUCUGAA